UUCGGUCCUCACCAGACCUGUUUCCAAGGCAGGCUGUCCGUUGCUAAGGGCGGCCUAGCAGCCAGGCUCACCCGGUCAUGGAGGCUGGUGGCGGCGGCGGCUACGGGCGCCGGCGAUGGGGGUGGUGGCAAGAAGUGCUGCCGCUAUGGCGUGUGCUGUUGGCGGCGUCGAUGAUGAUUGCUGUGGUUCCCGUCAGGGCGCGGCUGUAUCAGGCGGGCACGGACCCGGUGUGGGUACUAGAGGCCGCGACAGUGCGGAAGGUUCUGCGGGGCUCGCCCUCGGCCUGGCUCGUGCAGUUCUACUCCUCGGCCUGCGGGCACUGCGUCGCGUUCGCGCCCACUUGGAAGGCGCUGGCCGGGGACGUCCGCGAGUGGGAACCUGCCAUCAGAAUUGGGGUGCUGGACUGCGGGGAUGAGGUGAACUACAAGACCUGCAAAGACUAUGGGGUUCAGUACUAUCCCACUUUUAGGUAUUUCAGGGCUUUUGCCAAAGACUUCACGACAGGAGAAAACCACCAUGCAGGCUCUGAUCGGGAAGUUCAGACAGUUCGUCAGACUAUGAUCGACUUCCUGCAGAAUCACUCCUGGGAAGCGAAACCUCCUGCUUGUCCCCCUUUGGAGCCAAUCAUGCCAGAAGAAAUGCUUUCUCUCUUCAAUAAAGGCUUUCAGCAUUACACUGCUGUCAUCUUUGAAAGCGCAGACUCAUAUGUUGGGCGAGAGGUGAUCUUGGACAUGAGUCAGUAUGAAAACAUUGUGGUAAAACGAGUGCUGGAUUCCAACACUGCUUUACUCAAGAAGCUCAGCAUUACCUCUGUCCCUUCGUCUUACCUGAUCUAUCCCAAUGGAUCCCAUGGAUUAAUCAACAUUUUGAAGCCGCUUCGGUCUUUCUUUUCUUCCUAUUUAAAGUCACUCCCUGGCGUCGGAAGAAAACCUCCACCAACACCCAUCAGGCAAAACCAAGAAGAAAACCAGGACAUCAAAGAGUGGAAAGACUUUGACAAAUCCAAGUUGUACAUGGCUGACCUUGAGUCCGGAUUGCAUUACUUGCUCAGGAUCGAGCUCGCCACUCAUAAGACUCUGGAAGGAGCCAAGCUGAAGACCUUCAAGGAUGUUGUUACACUGUUUGCCAAGCUGUUUCCUGGCCAGCAGCCCGUGAUGAAGUUGCUGGAGACCUUGCAAGUGUGGCUACUCAGCCUCCCACUGGACAAAAUCCCGUAUGAUGCCAUCCUUGAUCUGCUCAACAACAAGAUGCGGAUCUCUGGACUGUUCCUGCCCAGCCGCAUCCAGUGGGUCGGGUGCCAGGGCAGCCGGGCAGAGCUGCGGGGAUACCCUUGCUCCUUCUGGAAGCUCUUUCAUAUGCUGACUGUCCAGGCGGCUGUCCGGCCACAGGUCCUGCUCAACACAGGUUUUGAAGGCAACCCCCAGGUGGUUCUGCAGGUCCUGAGGAAGUACAUUCGGGAUUUCUUUGGGUGCCGAGCGUGCUCUCAGCACUUUGAAGAGAUGGCUGAGGAGUCACUGAAGGAUGUGAAUACCCUGGAUGAGGCCGUGCUGUGGCUCUGGGAGAAGCACAACGUUGUGAACGCCCGUCUGGCAGGCGGCUUGAACGAAGACCCAAAAUUCCCUAAACUCCAGUGGCCGACACCAGACGUUUGCCCUCUUUGCCACGAAAAAAGAAAUGGCCUGCAUGCCUGGAAUGAAGCCCAAGUCCUUCAGUUCUUGAAGCGUCACUACAGCAGCGACAACAUUCUCUACACCUACACUGAGGAGGGAUCCAAAGAAGAGGGAGACGAAAACUCCCAUAAGAAAAACGUCAGAAAGAAUGAAGAAUGGAUCCCUAAUCUGGAACGACAGCUGGAUCCUGAGUCUCAUGUAUUGGACAUAUUACUAGCCAAAGACCAAAACAAGCCUUUGGCCAAGGAGGAAAUGAAGCCAGCUGUCUCCUUCCUGGGGCUAGGGUUCUCCAAUGUCGACAUGAGCCUCUGCAUUGUCCUUUACAUUGCAUCCUCUUUCUUCCUGAUGAUCAUGUACUUUUUUUUCCGGAUGAGGUCCAAGCGCCGGAAAUUGUGGCAUCCCCGUCCAUAUGUUUAGGCCAGAAGGAAGCCCCGUUUUCUCUCUUGGCCUGCAGCUUUAAGGUUUUUGAUCAGGGAUUUUUUCUUCUUCUCAAAAAGCAGUAUUUCUUGUUCUGGGAAAGGGCUUUCCCUCCUUCCAAGUGUUCAUCUACUGCUCUUCCUGGAGUUCCCUGUUGUGGGAUGGACUGGAUUUGAAACAUGUGCCUGUAACUGCCAAACACACACAUCACACAGACAUUAAAGUGUUUCAGACAUUAAA